AUGAACCAUGAAAGAUUGAUGAUGAUACAGUCUGCUGCUCAAGCAGAACCGCAAAGGACUCGUUCUUCGAGGGGCAAAGGCUUUCCAGAGGAUGACUCAAAUAAACGACGGGAAGAUCGCCAUAGGCGCCACGGCCACCACGGCCAUCAUCAUCACCACCGCCGACAUCACAAAGAGCGAACUAGACAGAAAGAGGAAGGAACGGAAGAUCGAUUCUGCAGAUUUCCUUCUUUGAAGAUUGAACUUCCCCCACUCUCCUUCCCUGCAUUAGGUGUUUGUGAAGUACAGGAAGCGCCUGAUUUUGACACAUCAUGCGAUGAGCUUGCCGAUGAUGCGAAUCCAAAUCAGCCACAAUCACAUGAGCCAAGAAGCGUAGUAGACCGAUUACGAGGUGAAGAUGGAGGCAUAGAUUUGGGGCUCAACAGAACAGACUUGGGUAGAGUAGAGACAGAAAGUGAUUACCAUAACAAGAAAACACGCAAGAUGAUUAACUAUGACCCUUAUGGGCAGCAGGGCAAGGAAUCGACAACUUCUAUUUCCCAUGUAGCUUGCGAAACAACAAAGCUUAAUCGAAAUAAUGCAGAUGAUGUUGAUCGCAUACCGUUCACGUUUGGCGAUCGAGGAUCCACGUGGCGAAUGAUAAAGCUACGAAAGCUUGACUCCGGUCAUGCAAGGAGGCCUUCAAAGGCUCAAAUCUUUGAACAGUAUGCGACGGUGUGGGAUUACGAUCUUGCUUGUAUGGAAAGGGACGAGCUAGAGUCACGGAAGCGCAAGCGGGAAAAUGAGUGGGUGUAUACGCCGCCGGAGUCGUUCAUGAAAAAAAGGAAAUACCAUAUAAUGGCAAAUAAGAGGGCGAUGAAGGACGUUUUGAGGGCAAAGGAGGAGGAAGAGAAGCUAAAACAUGACGAUUCUGAGAAAGCAAAAGGGGAUGAUGAUCAGGUAGUGUAUAUGAAGAAACAUGGGGAUGUCAAGGUGUCGAAGUCUCAAAAGUUGAGGAACGAGUUGAAGCUUGCGCAUUUGACGUCUUUGGACCAUGCCGAACCGGAAUCUUACCUAUCAUCUAUCUCGAGAGAACAGAUUGAAUCACUUACGAACUCACCAUGA